UAGUGAUCUAGUGUAGAAGAUAAUUUUGUUAAGAAACGUUAAGAUGUUCAAAUUAAUUUUUUUAUUAGCUUUCUCAACAUUAAUAACUGCUUUGCACAUAGUGCCGUUAGAUGACGAAUCAAACAGUCGAGCAGUAGGUGGUAUGGUCGCUACAAUCACUCAAGCACCAUGGCAAGUCAGUGUUCAUUAUUUAAAUGAACAUCAAUGUGGUGGUAGCAUUUUAUCAAAGGAAUGGGUUAUCACAGCAGCUCACUGUGUUACUGCCGCAGCAAAUUUUUAUAUGAUUCGUGCUGGAAGUGUUUAUCACAAUUCGCUUGGUUCAAUUCACUCUGUUGAUAGAAUAAUAAAGCAUGAAUUCUUUACCACCAACAAAUAUGGAUUCCAUAAUAAUGAUAUUGCUUUAGUACAUGUAGCUGAAAUAUUUAUACUGGAUACAAGUCGUCAGGCAAUUCCACUUUACAAUGUUGACGAAGUUAUAUCUACUUCCACCAAAGCCCAAGUUACUGGUUGGGGUGACGUUGUCUUGGCUACUAAUACACUUCAACUUAUAAAUACGUAUAUAAUAACGAAAAUAAAUUGCAAUACGACUUAUUCAAGGUACGGCGGAAUUUAUGAUAAUCAAAGUUGUAUUGGUGAAACAACUGGUAAUCCAGCGGCGUGUCGAACUGAUGCUGGUGGUCCUGUCGUACUUUCAAAACGUCUUGCCGGUAUUAUUUCCUGGUCUGAAGGAUGUGGACGUCCAACUUUUCCGAGUGUUUUCACAGAAGUUAGUCAUUAUAGACUUUGGAUUAAACGCUAUUCUGGUGUAUAA